AUGGACAAAAGUUGGAUGGAGAAGCGGAGGGGUACAAGGGAAUAUUUUGAAGGUAUAAACCAAUUCGUGGAAUUUGCUGCUCCAUCUGCGCGCAAUGGGAAGAUCUUAUGUCCUUGUGUGAAAUGUGUGAAUUUGCUUAUACAACCGCUAAAUGUGGCACGUGAGCAUUGUUGGGUUUCGGGGAUGCUUAAAAAUUACAAAGUUUGGAAAUUUCAUGGUGAAUCAGCGGCUGCUAUGCCGGCUACCGAAUGUGGGAGCUCUCAUGUGCAAGAAACCCAAAAUCCAUAUGGUGAUUUCCAUGGGAUGUUGCACGAUUUGUGCCCCCCGCAUGAAAUCCCACCUGAACCAAUGGAAGAAGGUCCAACUGCGCAACGUCCGGGUGAAGGUCCGAAUGAUGACGCCAAGAAGUUUUACAAGAUGGUAGAUGAUGUAGACAAACCUUUAUAUGAAGGUUGUACAAAAUUUAGCAUUUUCUCAGCCAUUGUCCUGUUGUUCCAGUUGAAGACUCUGUGUGGUUGGACAAAUAAGUCAUUUACUCUGUUGCUUCAAGUCCUGAUGGAUAUGCUUCCUUCAGACACUAAGUUGCCAAAGGACCAUUAUGAGGGUAAGAAGAUAGUUCGAGAUUUGGGUUUGGGUUAUGAGAAGAUCCAUGCUUGUCCCAAUGAUUGUAUGAUGUUUUGGAAGCAAAAUGUUAACCUCGAGGGGAAGAAGAAAGCUACGAAGAUCCUACGCUGGUUCCCCUUAAAGCCAAGAUUGCAGCAACUAUUUCUUUCACCCGAUCUGGCUAGUUCUAUGAAAUGGCAUGUUAAUGGUCGUACUGAUGAUGGGGUAAUGCGGCAUCCUGCUGACUCAGAUGCAUGGAAAAUGUUUGACAAUAAGCAUUUACACUUCUCAUCUGACCCUCGUAAUGUCAGACUUGGAUUAGCUGCGGAUGGGUUCAAUCCCCUCGGAAUUAUGAGUACUAAUCACAGUACAUGGCCUGUCAUGUUGGUCUCGUACAAUCUCCCACCUUGGUUGUGCAUGAAACGGUCAUCUUUGAUUCUAUCAUUAGUUAUUCCUGGUCCUACCUCACCAGGGAUUGCUAUAGAUGUGUACUUGGAACCGUUAGUAGAAGAACUAAGGGAGUUAUAG